AUGUUGAAUGAUUUUAACUUUUUGAUUGUGAAAUACAGGAACUACACAGGAUGGCUUCGGCUUCGCGAUCCAGCUUCGAGACUAAUGGCGAAUUGUGAGGAGUUGGGUAUUUUACAUUCAGAAGUGAACAGAAAUCUGAUAGAAGCAGAUGUGGAUGCAGAGUUUCUUAAAACUUGUUGGGCACCUGUAGGCUUCAGAUUGGGUAAUAGGCAUUGUGCUGCUAAAUUUCUUAUCAAGGCCGGACGGUUGCACACAAUAUUAACUGAUUACGAGUGCAUAUUCUACGAAAUUGCUGAUUUCAUGAAGAAAUUUUCGUCGCUGAAUGCCAGAUUAGGUGGCUCAGAAAAGGCUUUGUUCGAAAAAGUUCGCAGUAUGUUCGUGUCGUUGACAACAAAGAUGUCAAAUGAAAAUAAGAAUGAUGAAACACUGGAAUUUGAUCUUGAAGUUGUUGCUGGGAAACGAACUCUGAAGUGGCAUUUUUUCGGACAACAUUUGGGUUCGAUGAAUUAUGUUUUUUCACACAUAACUCGACCGCUACUAAAUAUUUUAUCCAUUAUUGUUGAUGAAUGUGAUUUGAGUUCAGUUGAGGCUCCUGUAUCUGGCAGCAGCUUCGGUGAUCUCUUUGGGAAACCUGUUGUGCAAAGACUGUAUGAAACGAUUGCUGCGGAAGAUCUGGUGUUGAAAAACAUUGGCAGUAUUUAUAGUAAUGAUAGAAGUGAAAAAAGUGUAAACACUGGCAUUGAUGGCUGUGGCGAUAUUGACAAAAAUAAUGUUUAUUUCCUUCCUUCAACACCACCUCCCACUUCGGCUUAUGAGGCAGUGAGUGAUGUAAAUCAGGACGAAUUUACGGAAAUCCAAACAAUACGUGAAUCACCUCAAAAAAAGCCAAAAUUGAGAUUUUGA